AUGAACUACGACCACCUCCUAUCCUCCAUGGCGGCGUCUGGUGCCUGGUGCUCAGACGGGUUUACGCUGCAGCAGGUUGAGGGGAUGGGCGCUGGUGCGAUCGCCCGCCGUCCGAUUCCCGCAGGAACGCCGCUCUUUCAUCUCCCCCUGUCGUACCUCCUCACACCGUGGACCAGUGCCGUCGGUCCGGCCCUCGCUGCCGACGGGGGCGCGCAGGAAUGGGAGCAACUCGCCGAGAAAGGGUGGGCACAACUCAUGCUGGCUAUGAUGUACGAGAGCAGCCUCGAGCAGUCCAAAUGGGCGGGAUACCUCGCGACGAUGCCGAGUGAAUUUGGGGCGCCGAUGUGGUGGUCCGACGACGAGUUGGUAGGAUUGAAGGGGACGGAUAUUGAGGACCGUAUCGGGAAAGCGUCCGCGAAUGACCUCUACACUUCAACCUUGGAGCCGCUCAUGACGGCCCAUCCUGCCCUUUUCCCCCCGGGAUCGGAGCACUUUAGCCUGCGCGCUUUUCACGUACAGGGCUCACGUAUCCUCUCGCGCAGCUUUACAGUACCCCGCACGCGUGCUGGUGGUCCCCCGCCCGGUGUAGAUGAGGACGGGGACGAGGAGGAGGAGGAAGAGGUGGCCGUCAUGGUGCCUAUGGCUGACAUGUUGAAUGCGGCUUAUGAGAUGGACAAUGCGCGCCUCUUCGCGGACGGCGGGGACGACGACGAGGCUGAGGCUGAGGGCGUUGAACGCGCUGAGUUUGGAGAGGGGUAUACGAUGAUUACGACCAAGGACAUUGCCGAGGGCGAGCAGAUUUACAACACGUACGCUUCGCCUCCCAAUUCCGAGCUGCUGCGCAAGUACGGGCACGUUGAUGACUUGCCCCUUUCCCCUCCCAUCCUCGCCCUCCUCACACCCGAGGAGAUAGGGAACCAUCCUCGCGGAAAUGCGGGCGACGACGUCGAGGUCCCCGGCGACCUUGUCGUCGCUGCUGCUGGUGCCUCCAAUCUUGAAGAGAGGGUAGAGUGGUGGCUCGAGGAGGGGCAGGAGGACGCUUUUGCCCUGUCGUAUCCUGAGGACGACGAGGUUCUUCCGCCCGCACUUGUCGCGUUCGCGCGUCUCCUUUCCUCUGAUGCUGAGUGGGCGCGCGCCAAGGGGAAGGGCAAGCUCCCGCGCCCGACAUUGGACGCCUCGAGUGCCAAGAUUAUCGGCAAGGCCAUUGCGGUCCGGAGGGCGAAGCACGCUACGACCCUGCAAGAGGAUCUGGAAAUUAUCGCUGGGCCAGCUGGACGCGCUCGCGAUGCCGCCGUGGUGCGCCUCGGCGAGAAACGCGUACUGGGCGUGGUUGGGAGGCUAGUGGCGACCGAGGAGGAGAGGUUGCGGAAGGAGGAGGGCGGGAAGCGAAAGGCCGAUGACGCUGGCCGGCCGAGCAAGCGGCGCAGAUAG